UUUGACGCCUCUGCAGCUGACCGGCGUGUUUUCCUUCCAGAACUACCAGAACUUCCAGAACUUUCUAUCGGACACAGCGGACCUUGUUGUUUGGUUCUUGCUCGGUCUGGAUGCGGGUCUGGCAGACAGGAAGUGGACCGGAGAGGACUGGCCCCGCCCCCAUCCCGAGGAGGUGGCAGCCGCAGACACACAGUACUAAGCUCGUGUUGGCUGCUCUAUCACCGCUCAGAGGCCAUCGAUACAAGAUUAAUAGGCUGACGAGCUGAGAUGCAAGGCCAUUGCGGGCGUCAGUGAUGGCGGCGGGAGACGACGCUCUGACCCGAGCCGACGAUGGUCGUCAUGGCGUCGCUGGAUGCUAACACGGCGGUUGAAGCUCUCCUGGCUGGCAUCCAUCUGGAGAGGUACCUGGACUCCUUCCAGAGAGCGGGUCUCCUAUUGGCUAAAGACUUGACUUACUUGGAUCAUGACGCUCUGGUAAGCCUGGGAAUAACGGCCACUGGACAUCGGAAGAGAAUACUGCGUCUGGUGUCGUACAUUCAGAGGAGGGAAGCUCAAGCAACCAAUCAGAGAGCCGCUGCCAACCUCCAGAGGGGCCGCUGUCAGUCCCUGACAGAACGUGCGUCUUCACAGGGGGGCCCAUUGUUGGCGCCGUCCACGGGUCCCUGUGGCUUGGAGGCGUUAAGAAACAGUUCGGCUCCAGACCUCGUCGCCAUGCUGACAAGCUCAGAGGCUGGCAGAACUGUGGUGAAGCCAAUCCCCAAACCCAGGACGGUUUUUAACCGCCGACGCACUGCGCCAAUCCACUUCUCUCCAGUACCAGACUUGGCCCCGGCCCCACACAGGAGACUUUCCCAGGAGUCCAUCUGUUUUUCUGUCUGUGAAGGCUUGACUUCUGCGGACACGCCCCUAGCUGCUGACCGGGACGAGGCGGGGCAGAUUCGCAUGUUGCCUUUUUCAGAAAUUUGCGGGUCAUUGCCUCCCGUUCCCCCGAGGACACACCGCCGUGUCCCGGCAACCUCGUGCCAGUCGCCCCUGCCGUCGUCUUCGUCUUCCUCACCGGCCCGACCUGCUUCUGUACCACCUCUGUCUCCUGGUCGUCAUGACAACGACAGGACGUCCGGGUCACCCUUCAGCGGGAUGGAGAUGGUCUCCAAUGAGAUCUACUGGGGUACUUUGCCUUUGUCUGCUGCCCCUGGCAGUGGAAGAGGUUACUGUAGUCAGCCAUUGGCUCCUCCCACUCCGCCACGACCGACACCUGACAGGACCCCUGAGAGGAACAGCGGCGGAGAUUCAAGCAACACCUCGCCGGGAUCCGUCAGAGACGACCCGGACAGCAUCAGCCCGUAUUGUGAAAGUGUCUUCCAAAGAGAAACCAGUCCGCUGGCCAGCGAAAGAGAUGCAGGACGAGGCGGAGCAACGAGGGCAGGGGACUCUGAGGAUCAUGGGUAUCUCAAAACCACACUGUCGGAAGGUUACAGCACUGUCGGUGAAGCUCCGCCCCCUCUGAGCCGCCUCGCAUAUGACACCGAUGAGGACUUGACCAUCUCCCCCUACGCCAGCUACAACUCCCUCGCGGAGAGAGCCACGCCCAUCAUUAGCGGCUGGCUGGAGAAGCUGUCUCCACAAGGUAAUUACGUUUUCCAGAAGCGUUAUGUGAAGUUUGACGGCAGAAAUCUGAUGUACUUUGGAAACGAGAAGGAUGUGUACCCUAAAGGAGUCAUCCCAUUGGCUGCUAUCCAGAUGGCUCGCCCCACCAAAGACAACAAAUUUGAAAUAGUGACCAGCCAUCGUGUCUUUGUUUUUAAGACCGAUAACGAAGUGCUCAGGCGGCGUUGGGUGUCCACACUGCAGGCGUACGUCAGAGACCAGCUGGUAUUGGGGGGGCGCUGGUUCGGUCCAGGAACUCACUGUCAGAAACAUGGCUUGCUGGAGCUGAAAGGAACCAAGUCCAAAGUUUACGUCGCCAUCAACACAGAGCAGAUUUGGCUCCACAAGAGCGAACAGUGUUUUCGUACCGGAAUCGGCAUCACUGUGAUCGAGGCUCGCGGUGCCACGAUCCGAGACGGGAAACACAAGGGUUUCGACCUCAUCACGCCCUACAGAACCUUCAGCUUCACCGCCGACUCGGAGCGGGAGAAGCGGGACUGGAUGGAGGCGCUGCAGGAGGCCAUCGCUGAGACACUGUCGGACUACGAGGUGGCCGAGAAAAUCUGGUCCAACCGCUCCAAUCGCAUGUGCGCCGACUGCAGGGCUAUCAACCCGGACUGGGCCUCCAUCAACUUGUGUGUGGUCAUAUGCAAGAACUGCGCCGGUCAGCACAGAGGUUUGGGAACAAUGGUUUCCAAAGUUCAGAGUCUGAAACUGGACACCAGCGUGUGGAGCAAUGAGAUUGUGCAGCUCUUCAUCAUGCUGGGUAACGACCGCGCUAACGAGUUCUGGGCGGCCCACUUGUCCCAGUCUGAUGAGCUGGACUGCGACGCGUCCCCGAGUCAGAGGCGAGAGUUCAUCGGUCAGAAGUACCGAGACGGGCACUACAGAGUGGCCCAUCCAGCUUUCAGCAGCCAGGAACAACUACUGAAGGUGUUAUGUUCCGCUGUCUCCGAACAUACGCUCCUCAAAACUGUCACUCACAUCUUUUCUGAAGCAAGAGCUAAUCACCUGGCAAGCACCGCCCAUGGGCAGCAGACACACAGAGACCUGCUAGUGAACUGCAGAGUCCCAGAUCCUGGUGUCUAUGACGAGAUCAUGAAGACGGUCGUUUACUCUGGCUUUCUCUUCAGUUCCAAUUGCGUCAGCAGAGCGACGCUGUCCCGCCGAUCUCGAGAAGACUUCCAGAAGUUCUGGUGUUCGGUGGAUCAGUCGCUGCUGUUCUACCCUUCGGAGCGAUCAGCAGAACCGUGCAUGGAGAUCGGUCUCAAGGACGUGGUGUGUUUGGGAGUCAGCCGACCAGACUUGCUCAAAAACAACGGUUUUGUGGACAGGUUCCGUUACACUUUUGAACUGUAUUUGACUUCGGACAAACUCUAUCAGUUUGGUGUGGAGACAGCCGAGCAUCUGCACGCCUGGACCAGUGCCAUCGGGAAAGCUUCCACGCCGCUCAGCUGUCACUGCCUGUUGACUCGGGAGUUUGAGCGUAUCGGGCGACUGCGGUACCGAGCAAUGUUGGACCCUCAGCAGUGGAAAGAGGCUUACUUUGUCCUGCAGAAGUCCAACCUUUUCAUCUGUCCCCAAAACGACGGCGCUGCAGAAGACAUCAUCAACCUGAAGCGGCUGCAGGAGCUGAGUGUCGCCUCGGAAAGCCAGAACCACGAGAAGAAAGACAUCCUGGUUUUGGUUGAGAAGGGGAGGACGUUCCACCUGCAGGGCGUCGGACGCACAGACUUCACCUUGUGGUACGCAGACGUUCAGCGGGCUGCCGGCGGGAAGGGAAACUCUCUGCGAGAGCAGCAGCUGAGCAGGCAUGACAUCCCCAUCAUCGUGGACAGCUGCAUCGCCUUCAUCACGCAGUAUGGUCUGGGUCACGAGGGGAUCUAUCGCAAGAACGGAGCCAAGUCAAGAAUCAAACUGCUCAUGGAGGAGUUUCGCAAAGAUGCCCGUAAUGUCAAACUACGCAUCGGAGACCACUUCAUCGAGGACGUGACGGACGUCCUGAAGCGGUUCUUCAGGGAGAUCGAUGACCCCGUCUUCAUGACCGACCUCCAUCCGCUGUGGCAGGAAGCUGCCAAAAUCCCUUCCAAAGGCGCAAGGUUGGACCGCUACAAGGAGAUCAUCCGGUCUCUUCCGCGGGUCAACAGGAUGACUCUGGCUGCACUCGUCAGUCACCUGUACAGGGUCCAGAAGUGUGCCGACCUGAACCAGAUGUGCACCAAGAACCUGUCGCUGCUCUUCGCUCCGAGCCUCUUCCAGACCGACGGCAAGGGACAACACGAGGUGAAAAUCAUGGAGGAUCUGAUUGACAACUACUUGUACGUCUUCGACAUCGACGAAGAACACCAGACUCAGAUCGAACUGGAGGUCAGCCUCAUCACCUCCUGGAAGGACACUCAGUUGUCUCAGGCGGGAGACCUGAUCAUUGAGGUCUACCUGGAGAUGAAGACACCUGACAGCUGUGUCACCCUCAAAGUGUCCCCUACCAUGUGUGCCGAGGAGCUGACCAACCAGGUGCUCUACAUGAGGAACGUUCCAGCUGGAGACAAAGACAUGUGGAUGACCUUUGAGGUCAUCGAGGAUGGCCAGCUGGAACGCCCCCUGCACCCCAAAGAGAAAGUUCUGGAGCAGGCGCUGCAGUGGUGCGAGAUGGCCGACCCAAGCUCCGCCUACCUGGUGGUAAAAAGGGUCCCGAAAGGUGACGGCAUCAACAUCCUUACCUCCUACAAGAGUGACCUGAUGAAAGUGGGCGUGCUCAAGUGUCGCGAGGAACCGCCCAAACUCCUUCAGGGCAACAAGUUCCAGGAGAGAAGCUUCCAGAUCAAGAAGAACAAACUGCUGCUGCUCAAAGACAAGAAGAGCUUCAAGGCAGAGAAGGAAUGGCCUCUGAGCUCCAUGAAGGUCUACAUGGGCGUCCGCAGGAAGCUCAAAGCUCCCACAAGGUGGGCUUUUACAGUGAUGUCACACAAACAUCAGCUGUUCUUAUGUUGCACGAGUGAGGCUGACUUGUGGGACUGGAUCAGCAGCUUCCUCAAAGCGCAGAACGACGACCCCGGGCCGCCCAUUCUGAGGCGUCACUCAUCUUCCGACAUCGCCAAGCAGAAGUUCGGCACCAUGCCUCUGGUUCCGAUCCGAGGAGACGAGAGCAACAACAGCAUGCUGACGGCCAACCAGACUCUGAGGAAACUUCACGACCGCAGGACGCUCUCCAUGUUCUUUGUGAGUCUCCCUCAGUUCUCCAUGUUCUUUCCCAUGCAGGUGCAGCACGACUCGGUGGAGGAGCGCUCGGAGUCUCCAGAGCCUCUCUACGAGGAGGUGGGCGACUUCGGCCUGCAGGUGCUGAAGUCCCUGGAGACCAGCUUCCUCACCAGCAGCGCGGCGGAGACGCAGGAGGUCCUCCAGCCGGCCAAACUUCCAGCAGACCCCGUGUGCGACUGGGCGAGUGAGGCCGACGCCGUGACGGGACACGAAGACGGCGGCUGCAGGAAGUCUCGGCUGCAGACCGUCUGCACGCCGGCACAAGAACUUCUACUGCAAGAGCUCUCUUCUGCUUUUGGGAAGAACCCUGAGGAGGAAGAGAUGGAGGAGGAGGACGUUUGACCUUAGGCUUCCUCUGCUGGCUGCUGAAGGUCACCUCAUCUUUUCAAACAGCCAUCAUGUGAAGACCACAGACGGCCUGCAGCACUUCCUGUACCUGUGGAACCUUUCACUCACUGUACCUGUGGAACCUUUCACUCACUGUACC